GAUUGUUGAUGGACUCAGAUGAAUGUGAAACGGACAUUGAAAAUGAUCCCUGUAGUAAUGUCGAUGAAAAUGUUCAAAGAGACGAGAAUAUGAAAAGUAAAAGAACUAAAUCAAAUGACCAGAUUGUACAAGAUUUAGAUAAAAAAUUGAAUGCUCUCGCUUCAUCUACAUCAAGGCUUUCUGAUAAUGAUAUUCUUGGAUCGACGAUAAAAACCACAGUGGAAAUAAUCCAAGAAAUAUAUCAAAAGUUAAUGAAAGUGGAGCAAGAGCCAAAUACAAUCGUGCAUAAAGUUCCUGUGAAAGAUGAUACAUAUAAAAUACGAAAAAAGAAUUGGAUCUUUUUGGAGGGUAAAGUUCAAUUAGAAUUAGAUAAAUAUGAAAGCGCUUUGUGUAAAUCAAAGCCUAAUAAUCCUUCAUCUUUGGGCUACCAGCUAGUGAAAACAGCUUUUCCUGAAAGUUACAUAAAAAAUGUAACAAUUGGGAAAAAAUUCCUAACUGAAAAUGAGCUUGCAAAGUUUCGUGAUAACUUUCGUGAUGAAAAAGUACCUUUGGUUUAUGCCUGGAGUUUUAAAGAUCCUUUCAGUGAGCCUUUCAGAGGAUCAUUUGAGUUUCAUUUGGGUAGAAAAAGAAUCAAAUCACUAAUAGAUCAUAUCUUCAGAAAAUCUGAAAUAUUUGAAUACACUGAAAGACAAGAAUAUGAUGUCCGUGAAAGAAUGAUCAAAGAAAUGAGCAGAAAAAAUGAAGGGAAAAAGAAUAAAUUCACUGGAAAAGAAAAGACUGAUCAAGAUGAUGACGACAUUUCAAUGAAUGGAAAUUCUGAUGGUGACUCAGGCGAAUUUCACGAUGCCAACAGUGAUAUUGGAGACGAAUCUUUUCAAUUGAAUAAGCAAUGGGAUGACUGAAUAUAAAAAUAUUAUUUUCUUUACACUUGAACGUUAAAAUUAAAAUAUUUAGAAUUUGAUAUUAA